UCUCUCCUUCUCCCUUAUGCUUUAAAAAAAUCCCAAACCUCUGACAAAAGGACAGAAUCCUCUCGGAACUAACCGGGAGAUCAACUAAAACCAAACUUACAUGCACAUGUGUGGCAAACUACAACAAACACAAGCCAAGUUAAGCUUUAAGGUUGUUACUUUGGUUUCAGAUUUAGCUUCCAAUAGCAGUGACAUGGCAGGAGUUAGAGUCCCGAGUCCCACUGAGGGUGGGACAACAGUCCAACAUGGUCCAGCGGUGCGUAAUUUUGCAGAAAAUUACAGUCAGGUGACAACACAUGAGCAAAACGGAAAGAGCACACUUUCCCAAAUCGCGGACUUUUGGUUACAGGUGUACAUGUGGGAACAAACACGUCUCCGCAGCAGCGCAACCCUAAACAAAUAUCUAUUUUUUUUUUCAAAAAGAUGAAUUUGCGCAAUUGAAGCUUUAUAAAUUGUAUUUGUAGAUGUUGGAAAAGAUCCUGCAGGUCGGUGUUGCUUUCGUGGGAGUAAAACGGCGGAGGAUAUGUUGGGAGAUGAGGAUUGAUUUGUUUCACCUUACUAGGAAGUGAGUGUUGUGUCCGGGAAGGGGAGGGACUCCGACGACAAGUCUGGGGCGCUGCUGUGCUUCUUUUUACGAGGCUGCACCAGCGAAACGUUUUCGCGCUUAAAAGAAAAACUCGGUUCCGCGCUUCUUCUUGUUUUUUUGUUUGCUUAAAGAUCGUCGUGUUUGUGCUUUUUAAUAUUGUUUUAAAGCGUCCGGCUGCUCUGCGCCCGGCCCCGGCCUGCACGCUGUGCCUGAGCAGGGGGGAGAAGAGCCCACAGCGCAGGCUAAUGGCAGUCGGGCUUAUUACGGCCAUAGACACACGUCAAGUUGCCCGUGAACUUUGUCACAUUUCGGAGCCAUGUCCAGUCGGCUGCUGCUGCCGCUGUUGGGGAGAACAGGCAGAAGAACGAUCUCGGUAAUCAGCUGGGGGCGCAGAGGCACCGACGCACUUUCAAGAGUUCAUGCGGCUGCGAGGCGCUCCAUCAUAGAUCUGUCCUACUCGGCGCACUUCAUGGAUUUUAAAGGCUCCUCCAUACCGAGCAGCAUGAAAAAGCUGGUCGUAACCAAGCUCAGUCCCAAUUUCCGAGAGGCCGUUUCCGCGCAAACCGUGGCCGUUCCGACACCCGGAGACGCGGACUUGCUCAUCAGAAAUCGUUUUGUGGGAAUCAACGCCUCUGAUAUCAAUUACUCAUCCGGCCGUUAUGACCCCUCCGUGAAGCCUCCCUUCGACGCUGGUUUCGAGGGUAUUGGGGAGGUUGUCGGCCUUGGCCUCAGCGCUAGCUCCCGCUACACCGUCGGGGACACCGUGGCCUACUUCGGCAGCGGUGCAUUUGCUGAGUACACGGUGGUGCCAGCCAAGGAAACUGUCCCCGUUCCCGCGGUGAAGCCAGAGUUCCUCACCCUGCUGCUCAGUGGUGCCACGGCCUACAUCGCCUUGAAACGUCUGGGCGACCUGGCAAAAGGUGAGACCGUCCUGGUCACAGCGGCUGCAGGAGGAACGGGGCAGUUUGCCGUGCAGUUUGCCAAGCAGGCCGGUUGCCAUGUAAUUGGCACCUGUUCAUCCAACGAGAAAGCCGGCUUUCUUAAAUCCAUCGGCUGCGACCGGCCAAUCAACUACACGGCAGAAGACCUGGCCAAGACGCUGAGGAAAGAGUACCCACAAGGCAUCGACGUGGUCUAUGAGUCGGUUGGAGGCAGUGUCUUAGAGGUUGCAGUGAAUAGGUUGGCUAACAAGGGCCGACUGAUAGUCAUCGGCUUCAUCUCCGGCUACCAGAGCGCGUCAGGGAUCCCACCUUUCAGAGGAGAGACGCUCCCGGUAAAGCUGCUCCAGAAGUCGGCCAGCAUUCGGGGUUUCUUCCUGCCCCACUUCAUGAGUGACUACAGUGAGGCUCUGAGUAGCAUGAUACAGAUGUUUGCAACAGGGAAGUUAGUGUGUGAGGUGGAUUGUGGGGAUUUGGCACAGGAGGGGAGGUUCAUAGGCUUGGAGUCAGUUUUCCGUGCCGUGGACUACCUGUAUGCUGGGAAGAACCUGGGGAAAGUGGUGGUGGAGGUGGCACCGCCGGCUGUUAGCAAUAGUAAGCUGUGAUUUAGAUAACUGUUAAUGCACUAAAGAAAUCAUACUUGAAUUUAGGUGAUUAAGUUUAAAUCAGAUGGCGUCACUGAAUGUUUUCUAAUAGAGUUGAUGUUCUGUAUUUUUGUAAGAUGAUUGAUACAACCUAGUAACUGAAGAAAUGCUACAUAUAUAUAUAAUGCUUUAAUAAAUAAACAUACUCGCAAAAUUUA